AUGUUUUUCGACAUACUAGCCGUGUUUGUUGUUUCACUUAUUUCAUCAUUGUUUAUAUGUUCCACAUCUGUGAACGGCCUCCCAUUAUCAUCAGCAAAACUUCAUUACAUCCAUAAUUCUCCAUCUGCUGAUUUGUCUAGUUCACUCAGGCUCUUAAAGCAUCGAUCAGUGCCGAGUGUUGAUUAUGAUUCAAAUCGUGAUGAUUUUGAAAUGUUCUUUGGCGACAGUAACGAAAACGACGAUUCAUCAUUAUCUUAUAUUGAUCGAUUCAAUGAGCCAUUGGAAUCGUAUCCUCAAUCAUCAUCAUCGCCAUCAUUGGAGUUUUUACCUAGAAAAUUGUUAUUAUUACAAAAACAAAAACGAUCAUCACAAUUAUCACCGAAAACACACUUCAAUUUUAAUAGAGCUUCUAACGAUUUGGCUGGUGCAUCUCAUACAGAUAACGCUGCUGUUGCAAGUGAAUUAAACGAUUCGAUACGUUUAUCGGCUUCACUCAAAAACUUGAUUCAAACAAAUCCGUUUGCACGUGCUUGGCUUACAUUGCUUCUGCAAAAACUUACGCAAGAACAACCGAUGCCAUCUAUUUUCAAGUAUGGUCGACGUCGCAAAUAA